AUGGCCGAAUUCGUCGAUCCCAGGAUGACCAACAUCAAGCCUCGCAUCCGCUACAACACCAUCGGCGGUAUCAACGGUCCACUGGUCAUCCUUGAUAACGUGAAAUUCCCCCGCUACAAUGAGAUCGUAUCCUUGACUCUCCCCGAUGGGACAGAGCGGUCCGGUCAGGUCCUUGAAGCUAGAGGCAACAGAGCAGUUGUUCAGGUUUUCGAGGGUACUCCGGGCAUCGAUGUCAAAAAGACCAAAGUCGAGUUCACCGGCCACAGCUUGAAGCUGGGUGUCUCCGAGGACAUGCUGGGACGUGUCUUCGACGGAUCGGGUCGCGCUAUUGACAAGGGUCCCAAGGUGCUCGCGGAAGAUUAUUUGGAUAUCAACGGUCAACCUAUCAACCCUUACUCGCGGGUCUACCCCGAGGAAAUGAUCUCCACCGGUAUUUCCGCCAUCGAUACGAUGAACUCGAUUGCUCGUGGACAGAAGAUUCCCAUCUUCUCCGCUGCCGGUCUCCCACACAAUGAGAUUGCAGCUCAGAUCUGUCGUCAGGCCGGUCUGGUCAAGCGGCCCACCAAGGACGUCCAUGAUGGUCACGAGGAGAACUUCUCGAUCGUCUUUGCGGCUAUGGGUGUGAACAUGGAGACGGCCCGUUUCUUCACCAGAGAUUUCGAGGAGAACGGCAGCAUGGAGCGUGUCACGCUCUUCCUGAACCUGGCCAAUGAUCCUACAAUCGAGCGUAUCAUUACUCCUCGUCUGGCGUUGACCACUGCCGAGUACUAUGCCUAUCAGCUGGAGAAGCACGUCUUGGUCAUCAUGACUGAUCUGUCGGCUUACUGUGACGCUCUUCGUGAGGUUUCCGCUGCACGAGAAGAAGUCCCCGGUCGUCGUGGUUAUCCCGGUUACAUGUACACUGAUUUGUCGACCAUCUACGAGCGUGCGGGUCGUGUUGAGGGCCGCAAUGGUUCCAUCACUCAGAUCCCCAUCCUGACCAUGCCUAACGACGAUAUCACGCAUCCCAUCCCCGAUUUGACAGGAUACAUUACCGAGGGUCAGAUCUUCGUGGAUCGUCAACUGUACAACAAGGGUGUCAGCCCACCCAUCAACGUUCUCCCCUCGCUAUCCCGUCUCAUGAAGUCUGCUAUUGGCGAAGGCCGUACCCGUAAAGACCAUUCGGAUGUGUCCAACCAGCUGUAUGCCAAGUACGCCAUUGGCCGAGAUGCCGCCGCCAUGAAGGCCGUUGUCGGCGAGGAAGCCCUCUCCUCGGAGGACAAGCUCUCGCUAGAAUUCCUCGACAAGUUCGAGCGCACCUUCAUCAGCCAGGGCCCCUACGAGUCGCGCACCAUCUUCGAAUCCCUCGACAUCGCCUGGAACCUGCUCCGCAUCUACCCCAAGGAACUCCUCAACCGUAUCCCCAAGCGCACCCUCGACGAAUUCUACGCCCGCUCCGCCCGCAAGCUGCCCAGCAAGGACACCAGGGACAACUCCGCGGAGAACAUGUCCGCGGCCCCGCUCAUCGAGACUUGA